AUGGAGAACUUCACGUCGAAAAAGGGCUUCUCCCACAUGGGAAGUGUCAUCACGGGAACGGUCAACAACCACGGCCUCCACAUGAGCGGAAACCACUUCAGCGGCGCAGUUACUAUCCUCGGCAAGCACAGCGACGAAUCCAAAGAAGACCUGUGCAAGAAGGCCCUAUUCCUAACAAACCCCAUCGACGACAAGACGCAAAUAGAAGACAACAACGACCAACUCAUUCCAGGUAUUUGCCAAUGGAUCCACAAUCACCCCAGCUUCAGAAGCUGGCACGCGGACACGAGUAACUCCGACCUGCUCUGGGUUUCUGGCGCCCACGGCAUGGGUAAGACGAUGAUGUCCUUGUUCCUGAUCGAAGAGAUCAAGAGGAUGCAGAUGCAGGCUCGCGGGGGUGGCCUCGUUCUUUACUACUUCCUCGAUUCCUGCAACGAGAAGCGCAAUACGGCCGUGUCAAUCCUGCGCGGACUCAUUUUCAUGAUGAUCCGGCAAUACUCGGAGAUGAUACAUUAUCUCAUGUCGGACUUUGAGUACCAGAGGGAAAGCCUGUUUAGUCAGAGCUCGCUGGAAGCGCUCUGGCGAAUCUUCGAGGCGAUGCUGAGCGACCCGAGAGCGGCGAGGGUCAUCUGCGUCAUUGACGGUCUGGACGAGUGCCAGCAGGACUCGCUCAAGCCGUUUCUACGCAAACUCUCAAAUUUCUACGAGAACCAACAGAAUAUCCAGCAACUCACGCAGACUCACAACCUCAAUCCCGCCCUCUUGAACCCCGUCGCGUCAAUGAAGAUGGUUCUUCUCAGCCAGGAAGAGCCCGCUUGUCUAACGGAAUCUCUGUCGCACUUCCCCCGUGUUAGGAUAGAGGAGGCGGCGCUCUACUCGGGGCAACCAAGACCAGCAGCGGAAACAAAGAUGAGACCCCAAGCCGGGUCGGCGAAGAAGGCUACUGCCGGGAAAGGUGUUAAGGGAGGGCUGUCAUCCGCCGUCCAGCUCGCACUGAAAAAGAAGAGAGUUGAGGAAGCCAAGGCUGCUAUUGCCAAAGCGGAGGCAAAUGCUGAAGCAAAAGCGCAGUCACAGGCCGUUGCAGCUUUAGGGCAACAGGUUUCCAAGCUAACCGUGAACGAUCCGGAGAGUAGCCCUGAAUCAUCUGCUCAAGGCGUCACGGUGCCGGCCGAUCAGUCCCAAACUGUGGUGAAAGCAACGGGGGAGUAUGUCUUCGAUGAAGAAGUAGUAGAUGAUGUUGGUUCCAUCCAAUACGAGGAGGACGUCGCGGCGGAAGAAGAGGCGGAGCUAGUACUGCCACUCGCGCUCUACAUUAGAGCUAAGGUCUCCGAACUAGUCCAAGAACAAGGCUCCAACCCGGCCGAGGUAUCAAUCGCGGAGAUUCUCAAAGCCCGCGGAGACGGCACCUUCCUCUGGGUCGACCUAGCCAUCGGAGAGCUCAAGCGGUACGCCCCAGAGCACUCUCUCCAAGUCGCCGAGCAGCUACCCUCCGACGUCAACGAAAUGUAUUGCCGAAUCCUGCGCCAGAUCCCUCCGCAUAUGGUCCAACUUGUUGCUGCAGUCCUGAGAUGGGUCGUUGCAGCUCGUCGUCCGCUAACAAUCAACGAACUGUCGGCUGCGUUGACGCACAUGGGAUUCUCAACCAACGACCCGCUCGGCAUGACGAAGCAGGGCAUCGCCGCGUGUAAUCCCCUGCUCAAGCUGAACAAGGACGGUGUAGUUAACAUCACGCACACGUCAUUCAAGAAUCUGUUGACAGCUCCCUCGGGCGCGCCGUGGAUCGACGCAAACUUCAUGCAAUUCCACGUUAACGUCGCCGACGUCGACGGAGACAUAUCCAACUUCCUCCUCAGCUACCUCGAGAGAGGUUGCUUGAGUGAUGGCUCGUCCUCGGUUGUGGAGGACCCGUCAAAGUAUAACCAGCGCUGCGUACAGUUCCCCCUAUUCUCGUACGCCGUCGUAUUCUGGCCCGAUCACCUACGAUCGGCGUCUCGUCCGACCCUGAACCUAGGCGCCCCAUUCUUCGCGAAGAAGUCCGUCUCUAGGAAGAAUUGGUGGUUAUCAUACUACCCCGAGACGACAAAGAAGGGCCCAAUGCUGGCGCCGCGCGACUUUGGCUUGCUACACUUGGCUGCCUACCUCAAUCUUCCGAUUCUCGCCCACCACCUAGAGCAAAGAGGCGAAGUAAAACCGCGCAUCGACAGUCGCGACAGCCAUGGCAACACGCCGCUUGCGUUGGCGGCCUCGACUGGCGGUAUGGACAUGCUCGUCUUUCUUAUGCAGCGGGGCGCUUCUCAUGAGUGCCUUGCUGAGAACGUGUUUGAGUUGGCGUGUAGGAAGGGACAGGCCGCGGUGGUGGAGUACCUUUUGAAUUUGGGGUAUAACCCAAAUGUUCCGGCUAGAGAUGUCGGUGCGCUUGAGUCUCUAGGCAAGAGUGCUCGAUGGAUCCACGGAAUAGUUAGCGAAGGAGUAGAGUUGGAUAUUGACUUGUGGAGACUCAUGACACGGGAUACAGGGACCGGUGGAACGCCCCUCUACUCCGCAGCUCUCGGCGGCCACACCGAAGUCGUCAAGCUACUCCUGAGUAGAGGCGCCAAUGUCCACGCGGCCACCACGAAGCGAUGGACCGCACUACACGGCGCAUCCUGGACCGGCCAAACCGAAUGCGUCAAGCUACUCCUCGAUCACGGCGCUAAAGCUCUCGAAGUCACCGAUAACGGCUGGAAUCCGAUGCACUGCGCAGCAGCGCGAGGCAAAGCCUCCCUCGUCCAGUUCUACCUGAAGCUCGGGAUGCCCAUCGACGCCUUAACCGUCAAAAGGAAGAGCGCUCUUCACUUAGCCGCUUACAAUGGCAGUGCGCCAACCCUGCGUGUCUUGGGGGCCGCGGGGGCGUCCGCGAAUCUUCAGUCGCAUAAGGGAGAAACGCCGCUGCAUUUGGCGACCCGGAGAUCGAAGCCUGAAGCUGUUGAGGCUCUGCUUGCUGGGGGUGCUGAGAGGACGAUACCGAACAAUGUGGGAGCGACCCCUCUUGACACAGUUAAGAUGAUCAAGGGGACUUUGAGCGAGGACAAUGCAGAAGUCCUAAGAAUCCUUGAGACAUUUGGAACGCCUGGUUAUAUUCCAUGGGCACCCAAGGUAGAUCCAAACGCGGCAGCGGUCGCACCAACACAGAAUCAAGUGACAGGGCCAGCUGGGCCAGCAAUUACCGGAAUCCAGGCUAGCUUCCAGUUCACGAGCCAGCAAGCCUCGUACUACCAACAGGGCGGAGUUGGUGUGCAAGGAGGAGCGGCGAUGCCAACUACCCCGAUACCAAAUCCAUACAUGGCACCGCAAUCCUACUGCAACACUCCACCCCCGCCGUAUACACAGUCCCCGGCAUUCCAAGUCAAUCCUCAGACUGGUUACUUACCCGAAAAGCAGGCCCAAGCAUCAGCUCCCGUCAUCCCAUCUCAGACCGGCCAUCAAGCUAAUAUUCCCAAUAUGGUGUACCGAAACACGGCGGACACGGGUGCUUCGUUUAACGGAGCCCAGCCAGGAGGCGCGCAGGAUUAUACUAGCACACCUACAACGGUAUAUCCCGGGAUGGGUGGUGGCACCAGCCAACAACAGGUCGAAACCCCGAUGUACCAGAAUACCACUGCCCCAGGAAUGAGUGCAAUAACCACGCCUCUAUCCCCUUAUCCUCAAACACAAGCUCCCGGGUUGGUUGAGCACCCAGCAAGAGCAACCACAGCAAACCUAAUGUACCAGAGUUCAGCUGUUCCAGGAUUCAAUGCCAAUGGAACAACGCCAGUUGCAACUUUCCCGCAAAGCAAUGGUCUGGCCGGGAAGCCAAUUGAAAGUCCAGUUCAUACAGCCGUUGGAAGCGGACCGGCGUUGCUCACACCAUCCUAUCAACAGACGACUGGGCCGAGCCAACAGUCAGUGACGGUCCCGGUUCACGGCGCUCCCCAAGCAAACGCGGCCUAUGCACCAGCCGCCCCGUCACACGCAAUACAUCAGCCACCUUCUAGCACCGCCACUGUUUUCUCGGAGACCGCUCCUUCGAGCCUGUUCGCCGAGCAGCAGCCAGCGGCAGAGCUACAGGCGGAGGUUGCCGUUCCCCAGCAAGAUGCGUCCCCGUCAGCACCUACCAGACAACCGACCAUUCAAAUCCAAGACUUGGGGAGUCACCAAGAAUUACCAGUUGAGCACUCUAAUACCAUUCAAGGACACCAGGGCCAGCCGGCCAACCCGACAACCAUCUCGCCUCCUCUGCGACGAGAUACGCAACCGAACGCCUGGAAUAUCAACUCAGCUCCAGCCCUCCCACAACAGCAGACACAAGUUCCGGUCGCCAGUCUCACGCCAACUCCAUCGCCGCAGCAACACAGUUACCAGCAGAACUUAACAGGUGUCUCGUCUUUCCCUCUGCAAGGGGCCUUCCCGACAGGCGUGUCGAAUAUCACGCCCGUUCCCGCCGCGCCGCAAUGCAAUGCCCAGCCGAGCAUUUCUCCAAUAUUGCCAUCUCAGCAGCCCUUCCAGCAGCAACAGCAACAGCGACAGUGGCCAGCAUCGACCCAGAUCCCAGCCCGGCAGCAGACUUGGCCCACCACAGCUGUACAGCCGAUUCCACAAGCCCAAACCCUCGUGACGCUUUUGCCAACUGCCCCUCACCAACCCUGGAGCCAGUCCGGGGUACUUUCACCCCCUUCAGUCCCGCAAACGACAGGGGUAGGGUAUCAAAGCCAGCCGAGCCAUAUGGCACCCGCUCCAGUACCGAGUUAUAACCCGAGUGCGUUCCCAACAGCACCCACAGCAUCUACCCUAUCGACACCGCAGACGACGGGACAAGUAGUCUUCACCCCUCCAGGGUCAACAGGUUAUGGUGCACAGCAGCAGCAGGCAUGGCAGAACCCGCAGUACCCCCAGCAAUCCGGGUAUGUCCCACAGCAGUAUGGCCCACAGGGCGGUUCUCUGGCCGUGAGCUACACGCCUAGUCAGUAUUGGGCAACGGAGCAGAUGCAGUUUAGGCCGCCGACGGGUCAGACAGGGAUGCAGAAGAAGAGGAGCAUCAUGAACCUGGGUGGGCUACUAAAAUAA